AGUCAUCGUGGUGUAGAAAUCCAAGCAGGCAGUAGCGUGGGUGAACGUCUACCAAGCGAGAAGUAGAACAGUGGUGUAGUAAGUAAGAAGAGUUUAACACGAAUAACACCAAGAGCAAUGUCUCACACAGUAACAGUUAGAACAACAACAACUACUGCAUCUACAUCAGCAAUUAUCGUUAACACAGGAUUCAUCAGAACGUGGAAUGGGAUAUUAAAACUCUUCGAAACAAUAAUCGGAGCAGUUAUUCUCGGACUUAUCGGUUACUAUGGAACUCAUUACCAAAGGAGCUCUUACACUGGUUUCUAUGGAGGAUCCGAAGAAACUCUUAUGUUUCUGGUCAGUUUUGGAUUCCUUCUGACCACUUUUGUCCUCCUCCUGACAUCUAUGUGUUCCUUGAUGACUUCUUCAGUCUUACCUAAGACAUUAUUUGAAUUUGUGUACCAUGUUUUUGCUUUCAUCUUCUACUUGAGCGCCGGUUUAGCUCUUUUGAUUGUCGUAUCUAGAAGAAACGAUUCACGUUAUUAUAGAAAAGAAUACGGUUACGAAGGAAAAAUGGCUGCUGCUGUUCUUGGAUUGAUCAAUGCUGCGUUAUACUUUCUGAGUGCUUUCUUCUCAUUCCGAGCCUAUCGAGUCGGUUAAAAAUACAUAUUUUACAUAAAGCAUAGAUCAAAAAAUAUCUUAAUCUUAUUCUUGAAAUUGCAUUAAUGUUGCAUUAUUAUUAAAACGUCUUAAUAUUUUAUAAUAAAUAUUUUUUCUGUUGUAAAAAAUGACAAAAUAGUUCCAUGUAUUUUACUCUAAAAUGUUUAGAAUGUUUACAAAUUACACACAUUCGUCCAUUUUUUUUCAUAUAGCUUCCAUCAAAAACAUGCAAUUUGUAUGUUUUUCACUUGUAAGAAAGCGCAAAAAUGAUAAAAUUUCAGCUGUGAGUUGUAUGUAACCAACGAAUUUCAAUGUUCUAUUCGAUGUACUGUACUUAAAUUAUGUAUUGUGUAUGAACUAUUAACCGUAUUUGUAUACUCUUAAAAUUUAUAUGCUGUGCUUUUAAAGCUUUGGAAUACUUUUUAUAUGUUUUUUGAUAUUUAUAUUUCUAGUUAAUUAACUAUUUUUCAAAUUAAAAAUCAAACGGGGGGUCUACUUUAAUGGGCAACCCAUUUUCAAAAGUGUUCAAGAAAGAUCAGGUAAAAAAAUAAUCAACGUUUUAAAGAUAUUUUAGAGCUAAACUUCUCAUAUAUAUAUAUAUAUUUUUUUAAUUAUUAAAAUCAAAUAAUUAACAUUUUCGUCCCGUAAUUACGUUAAGAAUCGAAUGAGGUCGUGGACCACAUGCAAUACAUUUCACUUGAGCGCUUGGAAAUCGCUCCAGAAAUGUCAACGAGUGAGGAAAUUUUUCAUAAAAAAACUGCCUAAUUUAGUUGAUGUUAUCGUAAAUUACUGUUUUCAGUAAGUUUCUGAGAAAAUUUAUUAGAGAAGCGAAAAAUUGGCUUGUUGAGGGGUAUUUUCGCAGGUAUAUUGAGGUCAUACAGCACCAUCGUUAGUGUAUUAAACGUACUCUCUGGCUUUAAUCGAAACAAAAUGACCUCCUUCACUUAAAAAAGAGGUCAUUUUUCUCAUUUUAGAAACCUUAAUUUUAAAAUUUUUAUCGAUUUAUAGUAACUGAACGUCGCACAAAAAGGUAAAGUUGCCUCUUUACUAUUUUUUCUUUCGUUUAUAUAUAUAUAUAUAUUUGUGUAUACUAUAUAACUGUAUCACACCUGGAAACUUUUGUACAGAUCUAAUGUGUUUGUAGCUAAUUUUAUUGGAAUAAAAGUCGUUUCCAUGUA